CAAUUCAACGCAACAUCGAGAGCAUCAAGGGCCUGGUCAAGUCAGCUGUUCUGGAUAGAAGAGGGUCGUCUCGACUUCACUUCGAAGCAAAACUCUUCUCAGCUUGUCCGCAGACAUGUCGCGAGGCGGUCGUGGUGGUGGUCGCGGCGGCGGGCGAGGGGGCAAGCCCACCGUACCCCUCGGCCACCUCUCCUACGGCGAUGUCAUGUCCACCAUCCAAGGCCAGUCGUCAGAGCAUCUCUACCCUUACAUGCCCGACCUCCCCAAGCCAGCACCGCCUAGCGAGAAGGAGAGAAGGGCUGCUCAGUUGCAGUUGGACUACUUGGAUGCCAUGAGACGCGGGCCGUACUGGCCCAGGGAGACGGAGAAGAAGGUCAAAGACCUUCCUCGCUACACUGAUCGCUACCGUCCAGAGGAGCAACCUGCCCCCUCACUUCAAUCAAAAGAUCUCACGCUGCAACGCGAAGUCUUCCCUCGCGAAAUCUGGCGCCAGUAUAUGGAAGGCGAGACUCGUCGCGAGGAGCAGCGCGCCAAAAAGGAGCAAGCACAGCAGCUACGUCGCGGCAAUACCGAAGGCAAAUUCGACUGGGAUGCCUUUGAAGCUAUGAAGGCUGCUAAAGCAGGAGGAGGGGACGAUGAUGAGGCUGCAGCGGCCGGGGCUGGGCUGGAUGACGAUGACGAUGGUGGGUUGGAUGAUGCAGAUGAUGAGGAGCAGCUAGGCAAUUACGAGGAUGAGGAGGACGAUGAUUAUGCACAGAACUACUUUGAUAAUGGGGAAGAUGACGGUGGAGAUGAUGAUGGUGGGGGUGGAGAGCAAUACGAGUGAGAGAGGCGGGAAGCGCACGCCAAGAGCCAGCACCCAAAAACGACGACGACGACGACGA